CAUAGCAGAAGAGACCAAAUUCAUUUUCUCUCAGGAAAUGCAUUGUUGAAAUCAAGAAGACAGAACAGAAGGCCCGGUUAUCAAGAGAAUGUUUCCUUCUUGAGAUGGCUUGACUGCCUUCAUGGCUCCUAAACCACGAUUGUAUUAUCCGGACUCGAGCUCCUUGUGAUUCAGUCUCGGUUUUCACGUAUCUACCAGUAUCAGAUUCAUUCUCUUUUGUGGUAGCAAAUUUUUGGAUCUGAAACAAUGAGCUUUUAAAAAUUCUAGUCAACAAAUAGUGUCUGCAAGAAGGCUAUGCCUUCAUCCUUGCCGGUUUUUCCUACCCAUCUUUAGGAGAAAUAUUUCAAAUUUUCUGAUCCUUUCCAAGUUUCAUCAGUAAAGGAACCGAUGACAAACCCUAUGUCCUCUCAGGCACCUCCACUAGUUCCUGAUAGUCAGACUGUCGGGCACUUGUUUUCAUCAUCUAGAGGGCUACCUCAUAGUAUGACUCUAGCUUCAGUUUCAUCACGUGAAAGGAAUUAUGGAAAAUUUCCACUGAUUUCUCAGUCAUCAAGUGGUGGGGACUCUUUUCCUCAAUUGUUAAGGAGUGGAUCAUCUCUGCCAACAAAUCGUGCUUCCCGAACAGAAAUGCAGUCUAGAGCAUUAAUUAAUCGCCCUGAGGAAGGCAAGGAUAUAUCCUGGAGUAUUGACUCACUUCAGGAUUUUCUGGAUCUCCCUGAAAAUAUUCCCGUUCAGACUGUUCAAAUGGAGAGCAGUAAAGGUGCUGUGGCAUCCGAGGACCAUUCUAAGAGAACUGAUUGGCAAGAGUGGGCAGAUCAAUUGAUUUCUGCUGAUGAUACACUGGAACAAAAUUGGAGUGAACUUCUUUGCGAGUUCAAUGCCCAAGAACCAAAACCAAAGAUGCCACCUUCGUGCUCUUUGAGUCAUCAAGCUGAAGUUCAUAAACAUCAGACUGUUUCAUCUGGAGAAUUUUCAGCCAUUGCGAACCCAUUGUCCAAUGCACCGUCAAAUAAGCAACGAAUGCGUUGGACCCCAGAGCUUCAUGAAUCAUUUGUGGAAGCUGUCAACCAGCUUGGUGGUAGUGAGCGAGCUACUCCAAAAGGUGUCCUGAAGCUUAUGAAUGUUGAAGGUUUGACUAUCUAUCAUGUGAAAAGCCAUUUACAGAAAUAUAGAACUGCCAGAUUUAAACCGGAGUCAUCAGAAGGAUCUUCCGAGAAAAAAUCAAUUCCUUUGGACGACGUGAAAUCUCUCGACUUGAAAACGAGCAUGUCAAUUACUGAAGCACUGCGAUUGCAGAUGGAAGUCCAGAAGCAACUACAUGAACAGCUAGAGGUAUGUGUUGCUUUCCUAGCUAUCGAUGUCUAUUUCAGUUAUGUAUAAGAAUUGAGUAUUUAAUGAAAUAUGGGUGCAGGAAUCCAUUUUAACAUGCUUAUAUUUGUUGUUGUUAAAAUUCUUAUCUUUAGAGCUUUUACUUAAUUGUUCCUGUUAUCCUAGUAACGGUCCAUGAGAUUUAUCUAUCUUCUGUGUAAACCAUGCUAUAUUCACCGAGAGUUAUUUAUUUGUCAUUUCUAACUCAAUGAAAUGAUACUUCAAGCUUUUGCAGCUCCAUGUUCAAGUUUCUUUUUCUCAACCUUUCCCAUAGUUCAUUUCUUUUGAUGUUAGGGGAAAAUGCUAAACCAGUUCAGGUUGACUCAAUGAAACUUAUUGAACCAACAAUUACAAAUUAUUUUCCUCAUAUUCCUCUAUAAUUAUCCAACUUAAAUUUUGAUAACAAGAUUUUGGGCAUCUAGAUUUCCUUUGUUAUACCUUUUUCUCUUUUCAUCCUUCUACUUGGAACUUAAUAGAAUAGCAUGCAGGAAUUUGAACUCCUUUUGCUUCCUAGAAAAGGUUUAGUGGGACUACUAUAGUAUAAAGAUAAAUAGUUCAACCGUUGACACUGAUUUGAUCCACUUGCCUUAUGUCCUGAUGCUUGUGGUGUAAUUUAUGUUGUAGUUAAUUUCUGUCGUGAUGAACCAGAUUUCGUCAACCUUAACUUCAGCGUUGUUUUCUUAUUAUUGUAUCUUCAAACUGUAUUCUUGGAGAUGCAAUGAUAUUAACUCUCCUCCGGCUGAACACAGUGUUAGGAAAUUCCUUGCUUGUGUUUUCAGUAAUUUGAACCUUUAUUAUCCAUCUGCUUACCUUUGUUUACAGCUCUAAUACCUGUUCCCUUUUCUACCUCCUCAACUUCUUUGUUAAACUCUUCAUUUCUUGCGUCUUCUUCCUUUAGUUUCCCCUUAGAUGGUAUAGCAAGCAAAACUCCACAGGUUUACUUCAGGGCUUUGAAGGUUUCCAUGGAAAAAUUAAAGUAAGAUUGGCCUAACUUAACAAGGAUUGUUUCUCGACAAAUAAAAAUAAUUUACGAAGGAACAAAAUAUGAUGUUUUCAGUAGAAGGAAAAAUCAUAAUUGCAAGGUUGUUCAUUUCUAACCGAAUCCGGUCAGAAGAGU